AGCACAACAUGCCACAGUGCAGCAUGGCAUGGCUGGGCACAGCAUAGAAUGCCACAGUAUGACCUGGCACGGCGUGGCACACACAGCACAGUGGAGCAGAACACCAGCACAGAGGUCACAUAGCAACAGGAAGCUGCAGCAAAGGGAAUUCUCUUCGGAGCAACCACGCAAACAGCGCUGGCAGCGUGAAGGUGCACCAGAGGGUGAAGGCACAAUCCUCAAAGAGGUCGUAAAUAUAGAAAGAGAAGGAAGCUGAAAGGAGACUGUCGCUAUCUGGAGAAGGAAAAGACAUGGGGAAGCAGUGCAGGCUCAUGAGAGAAAGUGAGCUGAAAAACAAUAAGCAGAUUUAGUCUCCAAACAACACAAGCUAUGUGACCAAUGACAGGAGUACUGGCUCAGAUUAUUCCUCUGUGGGAUGGUUACCUGGUACUGAAUCCCUGUGGCAGUCCGCAACCGCUGCGUCAAGCAAUCAAAGCAAUCCUGUCAGAAGACACAGUAUAGCUUCUGACAGCGGGGACACUGGGAUUGGUACCUCCUGUUCUGAUAGUGUGGAAGAUCAUUCAACUUCAAGUGGUACAUCCUCGUUUAAGCCCAGCCGAUCACUGGUUUCUAUUCCCACUGCCCAUGUGAUGCCGUCUAAUGCCAGCUCUUCACUUUCCAAACACAGGGAAGCUUUCAAGUCUGAUGGCUCUAAAUGGAGUACAAGCUUUGUACGGUCAGGAGGCGGCAGAACUCCAGAUGCCCUAGACAAUUCUCUUGACAUGAAAGCUGCAAGACCUGUAAGAAAAUGGUCCUCCUUGACUAAGCUCAGCUCACCAAACACCUUCAGCCCGGAUGGCAGUAGUCAUUCAGUGGACUCUAGAGCUGGUACAGACAAAGCUGUGUCACCACCAUUAAGGACAAAUGGGCCAAACUGUUUGCAUGACAGCAUGGAGUUGCUAAAAAUAGAGGACAAGGAAAUAGGGAAAAAACGGUCUUCUCUACUGGACUGCAAAUACAAAUUUGAAACGUGCAACAAAGAUGAUUUUGUUUCAGAUUCCUCAAGUAGGAGACAUGCCUUAGACUUGAACUACAGUGCCUUACCUGAAAGCAAACCUGUGGCAGCCAGUUGUGAAGCUUUUGGACAGAGAUAUGCAACCUUGGGACAACAGGCUGUGAGCGGAGCUCCCAUACAGCCAGCAGUGAGGACUCAAAUGUGGCUUAAAGAACAGUUACGGGCAAAUCCCCUGGACUGCAGGACUGCAGAAGAGCCCUAUGGUGUAGCUGCAUGGCAUGUACAGCAACUUGAAGACUUUAGGCCCGGGAGUGAAGAGCCUGUGCAGGUUCCAACUGGAACAUCUCGUCAGAAUUACCCAGCUACCACAUAUCAGGACUUCAGCAACUGGGAAUCUGUAAUGAAAAUUAAAGAGGGGCUGCUAAGACAGAAAGAGAUUGUGAUCGACCGGCAAAAGCAGCAGAUUAACAGUUUGCAUCAGAAAAUAAGAGAGAAUGAGUUACGAGCUCAACAUGCAAGACUGAGCCAUCUUGUGAACUGUGAAGAGCCCUACAUGACUAAUUUGCAGCAACCACAGUAUGAGAGUGCAUCACUGCAGCCUCACACUUCAGAAAGAUCAGCAUCCCAUCUUGAGGAGCUUGAGAGAAAGAUUGCAGUGGCUGAGAAUAAGGAGUUACAACUCAGUGAAUUUCUAAAGCAGAUUUCAAACAAAUCUAGCGAGGAGAAAAAGAAGAUGGAAGAAAAACUUAAAACUAGAGACCGCUAUAUUAAUAGCCUGAAAAAGAAAUGUCAGAAAGAGUCAGAGCAAAACAAAGAAAAGCAGAGACGAAUUGAAACCUUAGAAAAAUACCUGGCUGACCUACCAACACUGGAUGAUAUUGAGGGUCAGGCUAAACAGCUGCAAAUUCUAGAGGAGAAGAACAAGCAACUUCAAGAAACUAUGACUGAGUUGGAGAAGAAACUUGGAGAGGCUCGAUCUCAGUGCAGAGAGAGAGAAAUGCAACUGGUGUGUCAGAAGAAAAAGGAAAAAGAGCUGGUUACAACAGUGCAGAGCUUGCAACAGAAAGUAGAAAAAUGCCUGGAAGAUGGUAUUCGCCUUCCUAUGUUGGACACAAAGCAGCUUCAGAGUGAGAACGAGUGUCUCAAAGAAAAGAAUGAGAAAGCCAGUAAGGUCAUAGACAAUCAACAAAAACAGAUAGAGGGACUGAUUUUAGACAUGCAGUCUAUGCAAGAGAAACUUAUGCAAGAAAAGAGGACAGUCCUGAAGAUGACAAAUGAGCUUGAAGAAAAAGAACGAAAUGUGGAACAGCUAAAUAAAACUCUCUCUGAAAACCAAAGACUGACAGAAGAAAAUGCUUCUCUGAAGGAGCAGAUACGGCAGGUGGAACAGUCCCGGCAACCAGUGUCUGAAAAAAUGCCUGUUGCAGACCAGUUGUUCAAGGAAAUGUCCCACUGCUUGUUUGACUUGAAAGCUUUGUGCAGUAUUCUUACGCAGAGAGCUCAGGGCAAGGAGCCGAACCUUUCCUUACUGCUGGGAAUCAGAUCACUGAACUGUUCAGCUGAAGAGAAUGAAAAUUAUCACAGCACAGAGACUCUCUCGAAGAAGCUCUCGGACGUUUGUCAGUUACGAAAGGAUAUUGAUGAAUUAAGGACGAUAAUGUCAGACCGUUAUGCUCAGGACAUGGGGGACAAUUGCAUCACUCAAUGACAACAUUUCAUCUAGUAGCAAAUGACUUAUUAAAUGCUGCUAUGUCACAGGUCUUUGCAUUUCUAUUAAGGAGCCAUAUUGGAAGAUAGCAAAUACCACUGCACAUGCCUCUCUUUGAGGAUCGUCGUGUGUAAUCUUGGUAACUGGGUGGGGAAGGGAGAAUCACAGUUUGAACAGAGUGGUACAGACUUCAAGAAGUCUUUCUUUUCUCCAAACUACUGAAUGUAGGAACAAGCUGUGAAGAAUGUUUCAGUUGGAUUCUCUGUUUCCUUCAUUGGGGCUCAUUUUAUUGCUUCAACUAGUUUCUGGAGUCGGAGCUUUGGAAUAGUCGUGCUGCUACUACUCUCAGUCCUUUCGUCCUUCAAGGGUUUGUGUAGCAUUACCUGCGUUACUGAAGUCAUUUCGGAGAGCCAAAUGACCUUUGGCUGUAUGUGGUGAAGAUGGAGGCUUCUGAAACCUGCAGUCGGAACAGUAUUAGACUGCUACAAACAGUAAAUGCUCUUUAAGUUGCCUGAAAAAUUUGCUACAGAAAAUAUCUUACUUUUUUAGUAAUGAAUGUGUAGCUUGUUUGAUGAAGAAUGGAAGAAAAUCAUCUUUUCAUUCCUUUAUGCACAUGAAGCCCAUAAAAUUUAAGCAUCAUCAUGUUUGCUUUGAGGAGCGUCAGUAACAUCAAGUCUGUGACAAACCCAGAGGAACUGGGAGGUGUGAAACUGCAGUGUAGAAGGUGGCUGUCCAAAAAGAGUAGACUGUAUUUUAGUGUUCAUACCAUAAUACUUUUUAUUUAUGCCACAUCCAUUUUAAAAUGUGGCUUCUCUGUAUCUGUAUCCCUGGAGACCUCUGAUGAGGUUGUAAACAACCUCAGCCAUUCUUUAUUGCAGCUACAAAAUGAGUGUUAGGCAUUUGGCAAAGUCAGGGCUCAAAGCAGAACGUCUCCGUUUAUCGGUAUUAAAUGCUCGGAUGUCCAAGGACUGCAAAGUUUUCUACACUGUUUGGUAAUUCGUGAUCUCUCCUUUCUUGUAGGAAGAGAUUACCUUAAGAAAAAUACGAUCAUAUUCUGUAGUUUAUUCCAUGAGUGUCACUUGGCAGUGCUGCUCCACUCCUGUGGGGCAGAUAAAAUAUUAACGCUUCACGUUCCUGGAACAGUACUGAAAGUUAUGAACAGUUGUGUGUGUUGUAAAGUGGGAUUUAACUGAAGGUAACAAAAACUCAUAGUGAGCAAAACCACUCUAAAAUCACGUUAUCAAGAAAAUGAAUGACCUUCGGUCAUACAUGUGAUAUUCAAGUUUCAAGUGGCUACGGUGCAAGUCAGUCUGUUGACCUGCAUCGGGAGCAACAGCAGAAAUCACUUAGCAUAGAGGUUAGAAUUGUGUAAGUUCUAGGGUAACAUUUUUAUAGGACAGUUUUCUGAUGAUGUCCAUUUUAAUAGAAGAAAAAAAGAAAUGGUUAUAGCAAUGUAGGCCGAACUUAAGAAUUUUAACUUGGUGUUUUGCUUUCUGUUCAUUGUUAUGCAGUUACUGUUAAUGUGUUUAUAAUUUAGUGUUGGGGUUUGGGGUUUUUUGUUUGUUUUUUUGUUUGUUUGGGGGGUGUUUUGUUUUGCUGUAAUGACUAAUUUAUUUGACAGUUUUCUCUAUCACGAACCUACAGGUGGACUGAUCUGUGACAGAUGAUGUUGCAGUGUAUAUCGUUGCUAUGCGGUCUUUUCAGAUAGAGAUUAAUUUGACUGGCCCAGCUCCGGUGGGUGCGAAAACAUCCAGAUUAAAUCUCAAGUGAAAUUGCGUGGUAUCUCAGCUCUAAGGUUGAAGAAGGAAAACAAAAAAAGGCCAUUUUAUUUUGAAUUGUUGAAUUCUGUUCUUUCUGUAGUUUUGAAAGUGUACUGUUAUACUAGUGCAAAGCUGAAAACAAGGCUCUUUGCACUGGUUUUCCACUGUCUCUUGUAUAAAAGCAUUGGCUUUUUUUAUGAGGGCCACAGCCAUUUCCUUUGGUGUAGUGCAGUGGUUUUGGCCCUGCAGUGAAGGAACAGUCCUGUUGUGUUGUCGCUUGACUGGUGUGGCUCUGCUGUCUCACCCGUUGAAUGUACUACAGAGUUGAGAUCAGUAAUUUAACAUUUGCAAAGCACUUCAGGAGCUGCGAUGCUCUGUAAGUAUUAGCUGAAACUCCCUCAGGAAGGAGGUCCCAUUGUAUUUGUAAUACUUUGAUUGCAAUGCUGUAAUCUUGCAUUUUAAUAUUAUUAUUUUUUUUAGGGAACCCGUGAUAUUUAUGUUGACUUUAAAGCACUUGGUUGUUGUUGUUUGUUUUGUUUUGUUUUAAAUAUGUAUAUCAAUUGAGUUUACCUGCCUCAGACAGAUUAAAAUAGGGCCGUAAAUGGUGGAUGUUUGAGCCAAAGAUGCAGGCUACCAACUGAAUAUCUACACUGAUACUGUAUUUUGCUUUGGUUUCUUGAAAUUGGGCCUGUUGUAGUAGUAGCAGUUACUAUAUACGCAUCACUUUACAGAUGCCUCUAAGUGGAAUAAGCUUUGUCUAAGAUAUGCAUGACCGAUUAAUUGGUUAAAAUGUAGUGCGUGUGAUCUCAUUCAGCGUAUUUAAUACACAGUUGAUUAAUGAAUGUUAACAUUGGAAUUGCUUGGAUUUAGUCAUGACAACUUUCUGCUGUGGCUGUUAGACAAUCUCAAGGGCUGAAAAAGAACUGCUAAUGAAUGGAUACUGUACCGUUCUGUUUGUCAGCAAACUUGUACAGUAAUUUUUUUGUAUAGUUUCAGAUCGAAUUUGUACAAUUCUUUUAGAAAGUAUUUACAGUAACUACUGUAUUCAAGAAUGUAUUUUGAAAAAGGCUUGGAAAGUAUCGGGACAAGCUAUAGAUGAUGCUGCCUAUUUGCUAUAUAGAAGUAACGCAGCUCAACUGUGUGAAGGUGAUUUAGGUUCCUAGCCCCAGCUGUGUCUGUUCUGUGAGAUUGCUGCCACCACCCACUCAGACUUCAACAUUUGAAGAUGCUGGUGGCUGUGAGGUCAUGGCAGGAGCCGAAGUUCUGUCCUUUCCACUUCAAGAUGUUUCUUCCCUUCCUUUGCUCUCACUGCCUGUUUCUUGUAGCAGAUGUUCUUCUGGCAGGGCAAGAGCACAAGGAAAGAAAGAAAGAAAAUCCUUCCUCUAUCACCCACUUCCCUAGCACUUGUUCUUCUCACUGAUAUUACAUAGGAGGAGAUGCGGAUGUUGGUGGGCUCUUCCCAUUGAUGUAAUGAGUUCUGUGAGGAGAGAGGAGAAGACCUGAAUUAAUCCACUUUUGUAGGCUGCAAACCAGUCAGUGGCUAUUACUGGAGGGGGUGAUUUAUUCCAGUAGCUCAUUAGCAAUAUUACUUCCUCAGCUGCAUACCUUUGUGCCUUUUUUUUGCCUGAAGUUAAGUAGAAAUUCCCUUUGAACUUUAGAUAAGUUGUUAGAACGCUGAUGACUGCACCUUGUUUUUCCUCUUACCUGCCAAUAUCUUCUUGUUGGGCUUUUGUAGUAAGAACUCUGCGUAAUAUCUAGAAACAUAAGUACUUACAACAGGUACUGGGUGUGCACUCGGAAUGUCAGCCUGCUAGUAGUAUGCAGCUUUCUUGAAUAUGAAGUGUGAGCAGGAAACUCAAAGCAUAAUGUGAUUCUUUUGUGUGUACUAAUUGCAGUAUAUCAUUAGUUCAGUGGGGAGGAGUGUCUGGAGCCUCUAUCUUUUAAAAGCACAGCUGACAUAUGUACUGGAUCAGUCCCCAGAGGCUGGUAGUUGUGUAAAUUGGGUUCAAUUUUUGAACCGCUCAGAAUACCUCAUAUGUAAAUAGAGUUGUCAUGACUUAAUCAAAAUGUGUUCGUUGUAUGAAGUAAAGGAGCCACUGGCUGGCUCAGCUUUAGGCUUGUUGUUCUUGCCUCAUUUUGUAAUUUUUUUAAAGUAGGGUUUACAGCUAGAAUUUUGAAUGCCAAAGUUCUAUUUAUUAAAUAAUAAUAAAAGUUUUCAUUGUUAAUGACUGGUAUUUUUUCACUGGAAUUUGUUGGUUGAUGUUUGGGAUUUGUAUCCACAGAGCAAGAAUAAAUUUUGUUACAAAAUGGA